AUGAAUAUUAAAGUAUUGGUCCUGACCUUAUUGGUUGUUAUUGUAGCAAGCCAACAGUAUAGUAUUUCUUAAUGUGAUUGUUCUUAAUUGCUAUCAGAAGAUGAUUGCUCAAAAAAUGAUAUUAACAAAUGUUAAUGGGAUAGUACCAAGAAGACAUGUAAAAAUUAGGAUACAACAACUAAUCCAGUUAUAGACUAUGCAAAAUAUUGUGAUAACUUUAAAGAAAUUGAAUGUCCAAAAUAAAAACCAUGCAGCAACUGUGGAUCUUAUUCUGCAUGUGCUUGGGUAGAAGGAUAGUGUACAUUUUUCACUGAUUGCACAGCAUUUAACAAAACAACAGAUUCAGAUUGUUAGGCUAUUAGUAAUAAAUGUAUUACUGAUGGAACUCAUUGUGUUGAAAUUGAUACUUGUGAUAAAUAUAAAAAAUAAUAAUCUUGUGUAAAAAACGUAUUUGGUAGUUUAUGUUAUUGGGAUACAAAAAAUAACAGUUGUGUUGAUGCCGAUACUUGUGAUAAAUUACCAAUCAAAUUUUAAACAGAUAAAGAGUGUAGAGAUCAAAUUUAAAGUUGUACUGCAAAAUCAGGAGGUGGAUGUAUUGAUAGUGGAAAUAAUUGUAGUGAUUAAAAUUUAGAAAUUUAAUGUGUUUGGGAUAAAUCAAUGAAAAUCGAAUGUUAUUGGAAUGGAACAUAAUGUAAAGAUAGAAUAUGUGAUAAUGCACCUAGUACUUUAAAUACUGAUGAUACAUGCAAAUUAUUCAAAACUGAUGGAUCAUGUACAACAAAACUAAAUGGUGGAUGUAUUACUAGAACUACUUGUUCAGCUGCUACAAUAUAAGCUGCAUGUAUUAAAAAUAAUACAAAUGAAGAUUGUUAUUGGAGUGGAACAGCCUGUGUAGAUAAAAUAUGUUCAAAUGCACCUACUACAUUAACAACUAAUUCAGCUUGUGCAGCAUUCUCAAAAGGUUGCAUAACUAAAUAAGGGGGAGGCUGUGUUCAAAAUGGAGAUUGUUCAGCCGCUAAUAUUUCAACUGCAUGUGUUAAAAACAUGAAUAAUUUUGAUUGUAUAUGGGAUUCAACUUGCAAGGAAAAAACAUGUGUAAAUGCUCCAAAAUCUAAUACUACUCAUGAUUAAUGCACUUCUUAUUUAUCAACAUGUACGGUAUAAUCAGGAGGAGGGUGUUAAACGAGAAAGUGUGACAAUGCUCCUACAACAUUGAAUACAAAUGAUGCAUGUGAAACUUAUUUACCUGCUAAUAAAUGCAUUACUAAAAAUGGAGGUGGAUGCACAAUUAACACUACUUGUUCACUCAUAUCAAUAGAAGUUGCUUGUAUCAAAAAUUCAUUAGGCUAACCAUGUUUUUGGCAUGCUGCAAGUGGAAGUUGUAAAGACAAAAUUUGUGUUAAUGCUCCAUCUAGUAAUAAUAGUCACGAACUCUGUUAAUAAUUUUUGAAUACUUGUACUGUCAAUUCUACAAAUACAGGAUGUGUAGAAAAAACAUGUGAGAAUUCAUUAACUUUAUCAAUUUGUGAUAAAGAUUUAAACAGCAACAUAUGUAUUUGGAAAGCAAGGUGUUAUAAAAGAUAAUGUGCUAUGGCUUCAAGUUCAAUAGCUUCUCAUUCUGAAUGUUAAACUUAUUAUUCAAGUUGUACGUUAAGCAACACUGGAAAAGGAUGUGUUACAUUACCUAUCAAAUGUGAAGCAAUUACAAUAGAAGCUGCUUGUAAAAUCAAAGCUAAUAAAUAAUCCUGUGGUUGGACAGGAUCUUAAUGUAUUGAUAAAGCUUGCAAUACUGCUCCAAAAACCAUUCAAACAACUUUAGACUGUCAAACUUACUUAUCGUCUUGUGUGGCUAAUAAUCCAAUUACAGUAAAUGGAACCUCAACAAUUCAAGGAUGUUAAGAUUUACCUAAAACUUGUGAUGCUAGAAAAUCAUCUGAAAAUUGUAAUAUCACAAAAACAGCAUUUCCAACUUGUUUUUGGGAUUCUUCAUCUAUCAAAUGUGUUGAAAAAUCUUGCACAACUGCUAAUUUAUCAGGAACACCAGGAGCACUUUCAGCUGGGUAAUUCACUUUUGAUAAUUGUUAAAGCUACUUGAGCACAUGCAUUACUACCAAUGCUCAAGGUACCUGUACUUAAACAUCAUAUCCUUGCAUUUCAAAUAAUACUAAAGAUGGAUGUAUGGUUAAGCCAACAAGUUGUUCAUAGUUAGUUCAAUAAAAUUGUAAAGAUGGAUCUAAAUCUAAUGGUGAUUGUUAUUGGAAUGGAUCUAACUGUGUAGAAAAGACAUGCACAAAUAUAAUAUCAACAACACAUAAUGAUUGCUAUAACAUAUUCAAUCAAUGUACAGUCAAUGAUAAUGGCACGGCAUGUUUAUAGUUAGCCUCUGCUUGCACUUCAUAUAAAAUUUAAGAGAAUUGUAAAAUUACAUCUACAUAAAAAAAUUGUUAUUGGACUGGAACUGUUUGUAGAAAUGCAAUUUGUGAUGACACUCCAGAUUCUGAUCUUUUUGAUUCUGAUGAAGAAUGUCUUAAAUAUCAAACUCAGAAUGGAACUUGUACAAUAAUUGCAAAAGUUGGAGGAUAAGGGUGUGUUCAAAAAUAACCAGUUUGUUCCAAUUAUAAGACUUCUAGUUAAUGUCAUAAGACUUUAUCAAAUGUAAAUGCUUAAGAUGAUUGUAAAUGGAUUAAUGGAAUAUGUUAUUCAUUAUCAACUUUUGCAACUGGAGCUUGUUCAACAUUUAAAGGAACAUAAGAAAUGUGCAAAGCUUAUAGAUAGGGAUGCACAAAUGUAGCUAAUGCCAGUACUUCAACUGCAUGUACAUUAGAUUGUACUUUAAGAAUUGGAAGUGGAUUGACAUUCUAAGAUUGCUAAAAUGUGGAUCCUACAUGUUCGGUUAAAAAGGAUGGUAGUGGUUGUAUUGUAAUUUAAUCUACAUGUACAGGAUAUGGAACAACAGAUAUAAAUUGUUAUAAAUCAGGUGCAACUGGAACCCAAUCGAAUUGUCUGAUGAAUAAAGCCACCCCACCAAGUUGUUAAGCAGUGAGUUCAGCAUCUGAUUGCGCACUUUUAAGCGGAUCAGGACUUGAUCAUGCUAAAUGCUAAGCAUAUAAUAUUGCAUGUACAUCUUUAGGUAAUGGAAGUGGGUGCUAAGAAUUUAAAGCAAUUUGUACUGCUUAUACUGGUAAUACUGAUAAUUGCACAGAUUCAUAAUAAGGUAAAUGUUAUUUGAAUGGGUCUGAUUGUGUUCGUUUUACUAAUUGCUUUUCAAUUACUGGUACAAACCUUACUCAUCAAAUCUGUAAUAGCUACAACACUGAUUGCACUGUAAAUAAAUAAAAAACAGCAUGUUAAGAUAGGAGAGCUACAUGUGAUUUAUACACAUCUCAAGAAUAAUGCACAGUAUCUGCAGCUGACUUAAAAGCAAGUUAAUGUGUUUGGAGUGGUACAGCAUGUCUUGCAGUUACAGUAGUUGCUACUCAUUGUGCUUACAUAACUGGAACUGAUCUGACCAAUUCAUUUUGUGCUUCUUACAAUAAUAAUUGUACUGUAAAUUACGAAAAGACUGCUUGUUAGGAAAAGAAAGCCUAAUGUGGUUUAUAUUCUACCAAAAGUUCAUGUACUCUAUCACAAGCUGCUGAUUCAGCUGGCAAAUGUAUAUGGAAUAACGGAGGUUGUCGUUACAUGACAUCACUUGAUACAAUUGCGGGGGCCAUUGUUGACUAUUAAAUGUCAAGUGCGAGAUGUGCAUAGUUUAAUCCAGUUUUUGCAGCAAUUAAGGAUGGAUCUAAAUGCUUUAUAAAAAAAGGUUAAUGUACUUUAUACACAGAAGAAGAUUAUUGUACAACAUCCUCAGCAUCAGGAGCAGCUGCAAAUUGUAUUUGGGAUGGGUCACAUUGUUAAGCAUUUACAUCUGGUUCUCUGUGCAAAUAUGUUCAAGCGUCUUAUGUAUAGGAGAGUUAUUGCCCUUCAGUUAAUCCAUUGUGUACAACAAAAAUGAUGAGAAAUGGUUGUUAUGGAAAGAAGGCUAAUUGUUCAGAUUAUGAUGUGGAAGAUGAUUGCUAAUAAUCUUUAGCUUCUGGUACAGCAGGAUUUUGUGUAUGGACUGGUUCUAUUUGCACUUAUGUAACAGAUCCUUCAAUUCAUUGUGCUAAGGUUACAACUUAUUUUCUUACUACGGAUGAAUAUUGUGCUAGCUAUCAUGCCUCUUGUAUUCCUACUAUGGAUGGAACCGGAUGUUAAUAAAUUCAAUCUAAUUGUGCUUCAUACACAGAUUCAAAAACUUGUUAUAAAUCUUUAAAUGAUGGUUAUUGUGCUUGGAUAGAUAAAAAAUGCAUAUUUUUAACAAGUCCUGAUCAAUGUGCUUCUGUUUCUGGUAAUUCAUUGACUAGUACUUAUUGCAAUGGAUUACGCAAAGAAUGCUGGGUUACUUCAGGCAAGUAGAGUUGUUAUUAGAUGAAAAGCACUUGCGAAGAAUAUAGCACUAACGAUUCAUCAUAGUGUGUCAGAACUUUAACCAGCGGAAGUGCUGGGCUCUGUGGUUGGAAUAGUAAGGCCUGCUUUUAAGUAAUAACUGCAAGUUAAUGCAAUACCUUAAAUGUUGGUUUUUCAUCAUCUGGAAUAACAGAUGCCUUUUGUGCUACUUACAACGCUGGCUGUAUUGCAGAUGCCAGUAAAAAUGGUUGUUAAGAACUUUUAACAAGUUGUUCAUCAUACACAGAAUUUUAUAAAUGUAGUUAUGCUGGAACUUUAUAAUCUAAAGUUAGAUGUUAUUUCUUAGGUUAAAAAUGCAUCUAAAUAACAGAUCCUGCAUCAUAAUGUUAAAAAAUUCAGGGAACAUUUAGCGAGGCUGGCUGCUCAUCUUAUCAUAGUGGUUGCACAAUUAAAAGAGAUGGGUCUGCCUGUCAAGAAAGAAAAGCAGUUUGCGCGAAUUAUACAACAGAAGAAACUUGCUUUUAUUCAUCUGCUCCAUCUCCUUACAAUAUAUGUAUUUUCAUCAAUAAUAAUUGUGUUGCUGCAAGAGACUUGUUAACUGAUUGUACAGCCAUUACUGCAUCUUCAGGUUUGACUGAUUAAGCUUGUACAGGUUAUAACUCUACCUGCACAACAAAUAAGGCUGGGACUUCUUGCUAAGAUAAAAAAGGUUUAUGUUCGGAAUACCAAAAUUAGGAUUCAUGCACCGUUUCCUCAAGUUCUAAAUGCAUUUGGAGAACUAGUUGUAUUUCUGUUAGUGAUGCAACUACUGAGUGCGUAUAUGUAGUAGGUACAAAUUUAACUCAUAAUAUUUGUGUCUCUUAUAACGAAGGAUGCACAGUAAAUAAAGCAGGAACCUCUUGUUAACAAAUGAAAAACACUUGUGCAGAUUACACAAAAUUUGAGAAUUGUACUAUGUCCUAAGAUUCUGGACCAUAAAGUAAUUGUGUCUGGCAUUCUACAUGCGUAUAUGUCUCCGAUAUUACUACUGAUUGUGCUUAUGUAACUGGUACAAAUUUGACUGACUAUAUAUGUUCAUUUUAUAAUCCUGGUUGCGUUGCUAAUUAUUCAGGAACUGCUUGUUAAGAAAAGAAAUUCAAUUGUUAAGAUUAUACUUUGAAAGAAAAUUGUUCAGCGAAUUGCGUAUGGGAUGACACUUUAAAAUGUAUUUUUAUAUCAGAUCCUUCUGCUUAAUGCAGCUUAGUGAAUGGAAAGACAGGACUCAACCUUGAAAUGUGUUAAUUAUAUAAUAGUGAAUGCAUUAAUCUAAAGGAUGGUACUGGAUGUUAACAUGCUUAGGCAGAUUGUAAGAAUUAUACAACUUAGAAUUAAUGUGUUCCUUUGGCUAAGGGUACUUCUUGUUUAUGGUAUGAUAAUUCUUGCAACGAACUAACAGGUACUACUUGUAGUGCAAUUACUGGAACUGAUCUGAAUCAUGAUAUAUGCUACUCUUAUAACAAAAAUUGCACUUCAUUAAGCGAUGGCACUUCAUGUUAAGAUUAUAAAUCAACUUGUGAAUAGUAUUCAGGAACAACUGAAUCUUGUACUUAAUCUUAUAAUGCAAAAUGUUACCUUUAUAAUUCAAAUACUUGUAUUACUAUUUUAAAUGUAUCUACAGAUUGUGCUAAAAUAACUGGAGUAUCAUUAACUUAUGAAAUUUGUUAAUCAUAUAAUUUGGGUUGUAGUGUAAAUAGAGCCAAGACUGCUUGUGUUUAAAAAGCAGCAUAAUGCUCAGGAUAUUCAACUGCAAUGAGUAGUUGUUAUCAAGCAGCAGAAGGAUUCUGUAUUGCAUCUACUAGUAGUGAUUCAGCAUGUGUACCUGCCUCAAGUGCAUCUAAUUGUGAAACAGUAUUUUUAGGAACAGGCAAUUAUAGUCAUAAUAAUUGUAGUACAAUCAAAGCGGGAUGCACAGUUAAUGGAAGUACAGCAUGUAUGGCUAGAACUUGUGCAAAUGCUACAGGAUUUGCAUUUAAUCAUGAUAAUUGUUUUGCUUGGUUGAAAACUUGUACAGUAAAUUAGGCUAAUAAUGGUUGCACUAUCAUGGCUGCAAAAUGUUCAGAUUAAUAAUCAACUUCAUGUUUAAAUGCUAUAGAGGGAGUGUGCCUAGUGUUUAAUUCAAUUUGUAUUAGAAAAGGAUGUGAUACAGCUCCAUCAGAUGCUUCACAUGAUGAUGAUACAGAAUGCUCAAAUUAUUCAUAGGUUUGUACAGUUGCAAGAGCAGGGGGAUGUCAAGUAAGAACUGCUUGUUCAUUAUAUAAAUCGUCAUUAUAAUGUAAAUUAGAUAUGAAUGAUAAAAAAUGUUUCUGGAAUCCAUCUGUUAAGACAUGUGUUGAUUUAGCUUGUGCCAAUAUAGAAAUAUCAAAUUUAUAUAACACUCAUGAUAAAUGCUAUGCAGUUGAUUCAAAUUUAGGUUGUACAGUCAGAGCUCUUAAUAAAGAAGCUACUCCUGGUUGCAUGGCAAGAGGACCAUGUAGUUCAUAUACCAUUAAGGAUUAAUGCAGAACUAAUGCAAGUGGAAUAGAUUGUGUUUGGAAUACAAAUAGUAAUUUACCUGAACCUGCUUGUUAAGAUAAGUCAUGUACAACUGCACCUACUUCAACAUUAACUCAUAAUGAUUGUUUGAAUUAUUAUACUACAUCAAGUAUUAAAUGUACAGUGUAUGCUAAAGCAGGUGAUAAUGGAGCAUAACCAAUUUUAGGAGGAUGUUAAUAAACUGCAGAAUGUUCAACAUAUAUUGAUAUUGAAUAAUGCAAAAUAAAUAGUAAAGGAGAGCCAUGUGGAUGGAAUGGAAAAGAAUGUAAUGAUAAAUCUUGUUCCACUGCUCCUGCUACAUCAGAAUAUGAUGAUGAUACAAAAUGCAAAGCCUAUUUGAACAAUAAAUGUACAGUUUCAUCAGAGGGAUAAGGUUGUAUAGAUAUACCAGAGAUUUGUGAGUUAAUGAAUUAGAAUUAAUGUUAUUACAAUAGGGCUGGACAACCCUGUUAUUGGACUGGAACAGAUUGUAUUACUAGAGCUUGUGAAAAUGCUCCUGAAGAAACAGCUACAGCUGAAUAAUGCAAUAACUAUUUAUAUGGAUGUACAAUAGAUGUUAUCAAAUGCAAAAUUAAAAUUUGUGAAGAUUAUUUAUUAACAACAGAUGAACAAUGUACUUAUGCCUUAUCUACUUGUACAACAAAUGGUACUAAUUGUGUAACUAGAGGAACUUGUGUUUAAUCAUAAAAUAAAGCAGGAUGUGUUGUAUCUUCUAGUGGAUAAUCUUGUGAAUGGAUACCAGAUGUUGUAGAUUCUCAAAAUGUUGUAACUACUGCAGCAUAUUGUACAAUUAAAACUUGUAAUACUGCUCCAAUUAGUUUAGUAACAGAUGUAGAUUGUGCAAAAUAUUUUACAAAUUGUACUACAAAGAGUGGAGGUGGAUGUGUUACUAAAUCAACUUGUUCUGCUGCUUCUGUAAAUGCUGCUUGUAUAAGUGCAUUAAAUGGUACAAUAUGUGCAUGGGAUAAUACAUUAAAUAAAUGUAGAGAUAAAGAUUGUUAAGAUUUGAUAGGAACUACUCACACUAUUUGUUAAACUUAAAGAUAAGGAUGUACUGCUGGACCAAAUGGUAGAUGUGCUAGAGUUUAAAGUUGUGAAUUAACUACCCUUAGAUAAGCUUGUAUUGAAGGGACAAAUGGACCAUGUUUAUGGAUUGAGAAGUUUGUUAAUAGUGAUGGAUCAAAAGGAGCAUGUUUUACAUAUACAUCAUGCAAGAGUUUAGCUUGGAAUACUGAUGAAUCUUGUAAAUUGAUAAGCAAUUAAUGUACAACUAAUGGAACUAAUUGUAUUGGAAUUACUUUAUGUUCUGAGACAAAUAUUGAUGGUGGAUGUGUUACAGGAUAUGAUGGAUCUUGUAUUUAAUCAGUUCCAGCUUUGAAUUCAGCUGAUCCUAAAAUAUGUAAACCAUUUAAAUCAUGUGCAGAUGCUUUUUAUGCAACUCAUUAAGAUUGUUAAAUUGCUAAUAAAAAAUGUACAACUGAUGGAUCAACUGGUUGCAUUGAUUUAGGUGCAUGUUCAACAUACAAAUCUUAACCAGGAUGUUAGAUAAAUGAUAAAGGAUCUGUUGUUUAAUCUGGAGUUAUAACUUCAACAGGUGUUUGUACUUGGGAUGCCACAACAAGUACUUGUAGAGAUUAAAUUUGUUCUGAUUUGAAUGGUAUUAGUCAUGCAAUUUGUAAUUCCUAAUUAUCAACCUGUACUUCAGAUAGUAUUAAAUGUUUGCUUAAAGCAAAUUGUUCUACUUAUUCUACCUAAAUUAUUUGUUAGACAGCUGUUGGAAAUGAUGGACUUUGCUUUUGGGAGCUUGGUUCUGCUACUAAUAAUAAUACACCAAAAUGUAGAUUACUUACUUGUGCUGAUAUUCAAAAUGGAACAUCCAUUAGUGUUUGUUAAGCCGCUUUACCUUCUUGUAUUUCAAAUGGAACUGCUUGUAUUCCUAAGGGUAAAUGUUCAACUUACACAACUAAAACAGCAUGCAAUUCGGGUGGAUUAGAUGGACUUUGUGUAUUUACAUAGUCAACUUCUGCAUAAGCUAUUGUUGAUAGUGGAACUUGUACUCUAAUGAAUUCAUGUUCAUCUGCAAAUAACGAUUAAACUGCUUGUGUUGCUGCAUAAGAUAGAUGUUCAUGGACUCCUGCAACUUCUACUGUUACAAGUAAAUGUAUAAGUCAUACCUGUGGUACAUAUAAUGCUCUGAUUGGAACAUGCUCAAGAUUCUUCAACUGGGAUAAAUAAUCAUAGUAAAUAUGUUCUAUGGUUGAUGGAAUAUGUGCAGCCACUGACCCAUAAACAUUAAAAUAAAGUGAUUGUUUUAAACUUUCAGGAUAUACAUAUACAUGGAAUAGUUAAACAAACAAAUGCUAAGUUUGUACUAAGCAAGAUUAGCCAAAUAGUAGUAUCAAUAACACGAUCAAUGAUACAAACAAUAAUAAUACUAAUACAGCUAAAGGGUUAUUAUUAACAUUCAUUUUAGGCUAUCUUCUGAUUUGA